AUGGCCGAUCUCUUGACGCUGCAGCAGAUCACGGAGCUGAAGGAGGCCUUCGCCGUCUUCGACAAGGACUCCGACGGCAGCAUCACGGUGGACGACCUCGGCGAGGUGUUCGAGGCCAUCGGCCAGAAGGUGUCGCGGAAGAAGCUGCAGGCGAUGAUGGCCGAGGCCGACCUGGACGCCAACGGCGUGAUUGACUUCCCCGAGUUUCUCACCCUCGUCGCCACCAAACUCAACGACCCGGAGGAGAAGGAGCUGGAGCUGCGGCGCGCCUUCAGCAUCUACGACCUUGGAAACAGGGGGUUCAUCAACGUCACCGACCUCAAGUUUGUCAUGGGCCGCCUCGGCUGCCCACUCUCCACGGCGCAGGCGUUUGAGAUGAUCAACGAGGCAGACACCGACGGUGACGGCCGCCUCAGCUUCAACGAGUUCCGCCGGGUGAUGAUCGAGGGAUGGCCCUGA